AUGGAAUCCGAUCCACCUUUCGUGAAGGAGAUCGACGUGCGAGCAGCGCGCGGCGAUGCUGCCUGUCAAAGUGCGUCGAGAUGCCUUCAGGCGAUGCGCUCGGUGAUUUGCAGCAACAAAUGCGCUACCACGGGAGCCGCCUACUUUGCUGCGGUGGUUUCCACACUGCCCAAGCAGUUGGGGCAGAAAGGUGCCUUGGAGAACCAGGAGGAGAUGUGUUCUGCCCUGCUGUUCAUCUUGCGCCGCGCUCUGCCACAGUUGCCUCCCUCCUUGGUGGCUGGACGCAUCAACGACAUUGUGGCAGCCUUGACACCUGUGUUUCGGUCCUCAUCAAGUGAGACGAUAGUGCGACAGGCUUUACAGUGCCUCAGCUGCUGUGCAGAAGCUGCUUACGAGUCUUCAGCCCGGCCCAACCGCAAGGUGCUGCGGCCCAUCUUCAGCUACCUGUCGGAUCCGCGUUCGUCGGUGCGAAGACAGGCCGAGCUCUCUGCUGUGGCCAUCCUCCAGAAAGCCCAGGAGGACUCGCAGACGAUCGAAUUUGCUGUGCAACAUCUGACUCAGAUGCUGCAGACGGCCUCUCGUUCAGACAAGAAGGCUGAAGAGAUCCCAGCCCAACGUGCUGUGUCACUGCUCCGUGCAGCUUCAAAACUGAUUCCGGACCAGCAGCUGGGCGACAUCUUCAUGGCUCUGACCAGGCUCCCUGCUCUGCUGGGGCAGCAUCCCUGUUGCACCGCAGCCUUUGAGUUUGCGGCGCAGCAUUUCACACCCGAGGACGGCUGGAAUGAUGAGGAUGCUGACGAGCAGAUGGUUCCGGCUCCGCCCAAUCGCGCUGAGUUAGCUGGGCGCUUUCUGCCAGGAAUGGUGGAAGUUCCCCUUUCCAUGCUGAACGUUGCGUAUGUGUCAGCCUUCGUAAGAGCGAUGGCCGCUGCCGUUGCACAACUCUGUGGCAAAGAGGCAUCGCCGCUGAAACUGGCUGCCACGAAGAAGAUAUUGUCCCUCUUCUCUGAGCAGGAUCCUGGGCUGCUGCGUGCUGCCAAGGAGGCUAGCUCCACCAUCUUCAGUGCUGCGGGUGAUGCUGAAGACGAUCAAUUCCUUCAGGACCUGCUGGAAGCCGUGCGGCCGCUCUUGCGUUUUGAAGUCAAAGGCUCUUGGUCCUCUGCUUUGCCAGCAGUUGGAGCUCUAUUUGAUGCUCUUGGUGCCCGGCGUUCGCAACUAGAUCUGGCAAAUCUCCAGCAGUGGGAUGUUACUACGUUUCAGCAUGCGAAGCCCUUGGCGAUGGAACUCAUUGAGGUCCGCGACAAGUCGCGGUCUGGUGAGCUAAACGUGUAUGGCAAGGAGCUCCAAGAAGCGAUUGCCUCUGUGAUCAAGACCUUGGGACCACAGCAGGUGCUCAGAACUAUGCCUCUGGAAGUUCUACAGCAUCCUUUGACAGAUAUGCAGUACGAACAGAAGUCGCGUUCUUGGAUGUUGCUCGCGCUCAAGGACUCCUGUCAACAGACAGCCCUGCAAGACUUCGGCAACUAUUUCAUCCCUCUUGCCAGCUCGCUGAAGGCGAAGGCCAAUGAGGCGGCGCAAAAGGACGCUCCGGUCUUAGAGAAAAAGUACCUGACGUUGUUGGAGCAGGUCUGGGCUUUGUUACCGGGCUUUUGCACGGAACCGCUGGAUAUGCAGAAUGCACUGCUGGCGAAUGGCGGCCAAUUGGCGAAACAGCUGGUCGCUGUUCUGCAGAACGACGGCUCUUUGCGUGAUCACGUUUGGGCUGGCUUCAAGCGCUUAUGCGAUGCAAGCCUACAACCCAGCAGCAGGCUCUCCGAGGCCUUACAGGAGUCCAACAAGGCAUGCCUGAAGACACUCUCUGGUCGCGUGAUGCCAGAGAUGCUGAAUGUCUACAUCAAGAUGCAUGCGGAGAUGGAAGGGCAGGAUGCGUCCCGAGUGAGCUUCAGCCGGCACCAGGCUUUGCAAGCGAUUGCAAGCUAUGCAGAAUUGGCGGAUCCCACCUACAUUGGGUCCAUCUUCAAGUCCCUGGUGGCCAAAUGGCUGAAGGCUACCACUGGAGAAGCUGAUGGAAGCGACGUGGCUGCCUUGGGCGACCUGGCCACAACGCUCAUCCCCCACUUGACGGUGGAGAAUUUGGAGCUGGUGAUUCGGGUCUUUGCACCUGCUUUGAAGGGUGGCAUUGAGGACAAGACAAUGGCAAGCGCACAGAAAGCCGGCUAUCGGGCUAUCACAGCUGUGAUGCAACAUGGUGCGGCAUCGCAGUGGAGGGUGCAGGAGGUGACCUCGUUGUGGUCCACCUUGAAGGAUGCUCGGCAAACCUGCACUGCACUGAAAGCAAGGCUCUUGUGCCUUCAGGCACUGCUUUCCCUCUUGGAAUCCAGCCUCGGACCCCGAUGCACGGAGCCCAAUGUGAAGCAGGAGUACCUACAGUGCCUCACAACGAUCAUUCCGGAGGUGUUGUUUCAUCUGCGCGACCAGAGCACCGCAGUUCGAGAAGCUGCACGAGAAUCCUUGCACCUGGCUGCCACCACUGCCAUCCAUCAGGACUUGCAGUCCGAGAUCGUCACGUUGGUCUCCGCAGGUCUUGCGGGACUCAGCCGCCAGGCCAAGGCGGCGGCACUGGAUGCGCUAAGUCGUUUGCUGUACGAACAUCAUGGGAAGAUGGCUUGGGAGUUGCGGAAGCGUCUCAUCAAUGUGGUGCUUCUGCUUCUUGAAGACCGUGAUGCGCAGGUGUGGCGCGGUGCCUUGAAGUUCACCAAGGUGGUGGUCUUUGUGGUGCCGAAGGAGGGGCUGUUGGACCUUCUGCCGAAGAUCAUGAAGCUCUUCGAGAGUCGGCAUUUGGCCUCGGCCAAGAUGUUGGUGCGGAGCAUCGUGGAGAGAUUGGUGAAGAUCUUGCCCGAAGAAGUCUUGGAAGAGACAUUCCCAAAGGCACAUCAACCCUUGCUGCGACACGUUCAGAAGCAAUUCUCCAGGAAAGGCCGCCCAAAGACGGUUCGAGAAAAGGCUGACGACUGGGACGGCGACAUGGAGGAGGAAACCACUGGAGAAACCAACGGCCGCAAGGCCAAAAGAGACAAGGCGGAGACCAAGGAGACGUGGGAAAGCUUCAAGGCGGGAGACGAGGCGGAGGCUGACUUGGCGGAACCUGAUGGAGAUGCCAAAAUGGAUGCUCCGGAUGCUGGCAAGGCAAAAAAGAGGACCAGAGGAGGCGACAAGAACGAGCCUCCAACAGAGUCUGUGAUGGCGCACAACGCUGUGCAGGCGCUCCUGGAUGCCUGGGAAGCCGAGUCCGACGAAGAGGGUCGCGGAAGAGGCAAACAAGGCAAGCGCAAGCGCACGGACGUUGCUGCCUCAACUUGGAUUCAAGAAGAUGGUGAUGUUCCCAUCGAUUUCAUGUCUGCAGAUGCAGCCCAUUCAGUGCUCACCGUUUCAGCGCCCCCCUCCAAGAGGAUCAGAGGCACACAGGUGGGCAAUGCGGGCGCUGAGAACAAGGUCGAUGCCCUGCGGCGCAAUGGCCUGCGCUUUGCAACUGACGGCCGCCUGGUGGUGGAUGAGACAGCAGAGGAGAAGGAGGAGCCCAAAGAAUUUUCACAUGGCGUGUCCUCCGAAAAGCCCAAGGCGCUCUCUCAACUGGCAAUGCAAAGGAAAGCUCGAGCAGAGGCUAGAGCCAAAGCCAAGGCAGCCAGGAAAGGAGUGCACCUCAUCAAGGGCUUGGAUACCUACAAGCCUGGCCGAAAGAAGGCCCAAGGCGAUGCCAAGCGAAAGGGCUCCAAGCUUGAGCCCUUUGCUUAUGUGCGCUUGAACCCCAAGGUGACCAAAGAGAAGUUUAAGACAAAAGCCACAGAAACCUUCGCCCGAGUUGUUCAAGGUGCCAAGAAAGGUGUGGUCAAGGGGAUGAAGGCUCGAGCGCGUGAACAAAAGCUGAAGCAUGUCAGAGAAGCCAAGAAGAAGAAGCCAAAAACUGAGAAGAAACCCAAGUCUGAGAAGAAGUCUUCGACCAAGGUGCCGGCUGAGUCAUCGGACAAACUUCGAAUCGAGGACUUCAUGCGCAAACUUGCUUCGAAGAAUGGGGCCAAAGAGGACGAGUACCUUGCUCCAAGAUCAGAGAAAGACUGGGAGAAACUCCUGGUAUCUGUUGCAGGUGGAAUUUUCAACAGGCAAUCACAAGAGCUGUAA